AUGUAGUGUAAUCUCACGAAAUAAUAGGAAACCGACUGCAAGCAGUCCUGGGAGAUGCUUUGAUAAUACCAGGAAAACGCAUUAUAAUAACAGGUACUUCACAUUCCGUCGGACUCGAAAAAAGCCAUCAUCACGCAAGAAAUAAUAGACGGAGAAGUGGUCUCUCAGAGCGAACUUGAACAAAAUCCUGCUUCACACAACAACGGCAUUUUCGGGGAGGAAGAGCUGACAGAACAAAUGGAGUCCGCGAUUGAAAAGGCAAAAGAAGAGCAAGAGAAGUGGGGAGAACAAGUGGAGUUAGCACUGGAAAAGUGGAGAGAUGAGCAACUGGAGUGGGGAGAACAACAGGACUUAGAGUUGGAAAAGUGGAGAGAUGAGCAACUGGAGCGGCAACUGGAGCAGGGAAAACAACAGGAGUUAGCAUUGGAAAAGUGGAGAGAUGCACAACUGGAGUGGGGAGAACAACAGGACUUAGAGUUGGAAAAGUGGAGAGAUGAGCAACUGGAGCGGCAACUGGAGCAGGGAGAACAACAGGAGUUAGCAUUGGAAAAGUGGAGAGAUGAGCAACUGGAGCAGGGAGAACAACAGGACUUAGAGUUGGAAAAGUGGAGAGAUGAGCAACUGGAGCAGGGAGAACAACAGGACUUAGAGUUGGAAAAGUGGAGAGAUGAGCAACUGCAACUGGGAGGGAGAACAACAGGAGUUAGCAUUGGAAAAGUGGAGAGAUGAGCAACUGGAGCAGGGAGAACAACAGGACUUAGAGUUGGAAAAGUGGAGAGAUGAGCAACUGGAGCAGGG